AUGUCAAAAGCCCUCAUGAAAACACGAGCGGCAGCCUUUCCGUCGCCAGAAUAUAGACCUGCAACUCCUCGAUUUACGAAGCCUCAAAAAUACGACAUAAUGAUUAGUUAUUCGCACCACGAUAGAGACUUAUGUUUCAGAAUCUAUAAUCGCUUGCUGGAACAUAAGUUUCGUAUUUGGAUCGACAAGGAAAACAUGCACGGACUACAGACUAAUGCUAUGGCUGAUGCUAUUGAAGCAUCAGCAUUUGUUAUUAUUUGCAUGUCAGACGAUUACUUCAACAGCGAGUACUGUGAACAAGAAGCAAAAUAUGCGAAGCGAUGUAAACGUAAAUUGAUUCCAUUGAUAAUGACAAAGGACUUUCAUCCGUCAGGUUGGUUAGGAUUUCUAACUGUUGAUUUGAAAUACAUUAACUUUUCAAAGUAUGAAUUUGAUAAAGCCGUCGGUAUGUUACUCGAUGAAAUCGAAAUGUACAGACAAUGGAUGAUAGAGAAAUGGUUCAAAGCAGAAUAG